CUCUGCCUCUUUCUCUUAGGGAUUGCAAAUCCCUAAAUCUCCAUUGCCUUCAUCUCCCUUUCAACCCGUCGAAGCUGUCUCCAACCUAUUGUUUGCGUCGCCUCCACCUCCUCGCUGCCUCAACGCCGUCACCACAUCUAGCUCCAUCGUGGCCUCCUCGCUACUUCUACACCACCGUCGCCUCUAGAUCCAUUGCCUUUAGAUCCAUCUACCUUACUUUGACUGCAAGCUCAAGCGAGCCAUAAAGAAGCAAGGGUGCACUUGCUCCGCAACAAAGCUCUUGCCAUUGUCCCCCAUUUGGAUUAGCAGCGCCUCACAAGUUCAUAACCCCAAGGAACUCGUCGGAUUCCUCAGGUUCACGCCUUUCGCCUGAAUUGAUCAGAACAUUCUAGAAGUGCAGAAUAGGGAAAUAUGAACAAACCCUAGUUUGACGGUCCAACGAAGGCAAAUGUACAUGGUGGCUCUUUCAUCUCAGUUAUCGCAGAUUUGAUACGUUUUUUAACUUUCUUUUUGUCUUUCUUUCUAUGUAUGUGGGGUUUUGGCUCAAUGCAGAUACGAUGACAUCUGCAAAUUCACCAAAAGGAAACCUUUAUGGUUAUUGUUAUACUUCAUUUGGUUCAAAUCAAAGAUCAGUGUACUGACUAUGGUCUAUUCGGGGGGUGUUUAGCUUAGCGGUUUGACCGCUUAUAAGCUCAUCAUUUAUCUUAUAAGUUACAUAACUUAUUUAGUUACACGUUUGUUAAAAAUUCAAGAGUUUAAGAGGUUGCUUAGGGUCACAAAUAAGCUAAGCCCCUCGCAAGCGGCUCAAUGCUCGGCUCGUUAAAAGUUCAUUCGUUAAGGUAAACGACCUGAGUUUGACUUUAAUUUUGAAGUUCGUUUUGUAAAUGAACUGAGUUUGAACUUAGUAAAGCUCGGUUCAGUAGCUCACAAGGUGGCUCGAUUAGAGAUUCGUGAGUUGCUCGAUUAUAGGCCUGCAAGCUUGAUCAUGUAGAGGCUUGCUAGUAAGCUCGAUUAUUGGCUCGUGAAUAGUUUGUGAACAGGUUUGUUUAUAAAUACAUUAAUAAAUUUAUUUUAUAAUUUUUUAAAAAAUUAUUUAACAUAAAAUUAUCAAAUUUUACACUAUUAUAAUAAUAUCAUUAAUAGAAUGUGUUGAUAAUAAGAUAUGCCAAUCAAACUAUAUAUUAUAAUGCAUCAUUUAUAUGCAUGUUUCUAAUUCAACUAAAAUUUUCUCUUGAGCACAUUAAUAUGAUGUUAUAAUCAGUGUUCUUGGUUAUUGUUAUAUUUUCUAAAAAAAGAAAUUAUAGAAUAGAAAAUACUUAAAAAGUAAAAUAGAUAGGGUAUAUGUGAAAAAUAGUCAAAAUUAUAAGGGUUGGAAUAAAAUAAAUGUGUGUGUAUUUGUGGAAUUAGUUUAUAAUUUAUAUGAUAUAAAUAGAUUUGUAAGUUGUAAACCCUAAAUUGGAAAGCAAUUGCAGCAGUUUACUGAAGGUUUGGAGUAGCUAGAGAGUGACCCAUUGCCGCUCUCGUCGUUGCCUUGUCGGAGUGUCCAUUGCUCUCAUUGUCGACUUAUGCUAUAUCCUCUAUCUCUGUUGUUGUCUCGCAUCUCUCGCCAUCAGUGCAUCACCUUAGCUCACCAUCUCACCGCCACCUCGCCAACCGUCGCUGCAUCCCUUGCUCUCGCCUUGUUGUUGCAUCCUCUGCUCUUGCUAGAAGCUUGUUGAGCUCCAGCCUAAGCUCGGGCUUGCCAAGGUUUGGUUGAGCUCGAGCCCAAGCUUGGCUUGUCAACCGAAUUGAUGAGACGAGGUUGAGCUCGAACUAUGUUAAUCGAGCUCGAGCCUGAGCUCAGAUUUGUUGAGCCGAGUCGAGUCGAGUCGAGCUUAUCAAAGCUUAGCUUGGCUCGGCUUGAUUGUGACCCUACUGUUUGGCUUUCCAUUUUUUUAAUAAGCUUAUAAGUCUUUUUAUUUAUAAGGUGUGUAAAGCUUAAAAAUUGACUAGCAUUUAAGUUGAUAAAGCGUUUGCAUAAAUGUACUGUAAGUUAUCAUUUAUAUAAUUAUGUGUUUAGUUUGAAAAAACUGAUAAAUUAUCAUAAUUUAAUAAAAAUACUCAAAUGGACAUGUUGCUGAAUAAUACAAAUAAAAUUCAUAAAAAUUCUAAUUUUUAAUUAAAAUAAAUUAUAAAUUAAUAUUUAACUAAUAAAAUUAUUAUAAUUACAUGUUGAUAAAUUAUACAUAAUUAUUAAAAAAUAUACUAAUACAAUACUUUAUGUUUAAAUUUAAAUUUAAUUUAUAAAAAUAUUAAAUGUAUUAAUAUAAUAGAUAUUAAUAUAUAUAUAUGUUAAAUGUAUAUCCGGACCUAUAGUGAGGCCCAUGAGGCUAUUGUGUUAGCACCCAUAAAUUGUCAUUUUUGGGCCCCAUAAAUUUUUUCUAGGUCCACCCCCACUCAGCGCCUUCUACAAACCCUACUCCCUUUCUGGCUCUCUCGCUGCUCGCCCUCGCCCUCGCUCUCGCUCGCGGCUAGCCCUAGCCCUCGCUCGCGGUUAGCCCUAGCCCUCGCCCUCGCUCUUGCUCUCGCCUCUCGCUCUUGCUCUUGCUUCUUGCUUGCUCACUCUCUCUCGCGGCUCGCCCUCGCCUCUCGCUCGAUGUCUCUCUCGGCUCACCCUUGCCCUCGCCUCUUGCUUGACGCUUGCUCGCUCUCUCGCUUGCGACUCGCCCUUGCCUCUUAGUCGGUAGCUGCGGAGGUCACAUCUAUGGCUAUUGGCUUUGGCUCUCUAACUCUUGCUCUCGCUGGGUGAUUGGGUCGCUCGCCUUUCUGCAUUGCCAUUGGGACACUUUGGUUCAAUCUUUUGAGUCUUUGGUGCUGUAUUCUUGUUCUUGGCAGGCAAGCAGUGGCCACUGGCCAGUGGGCAUCCCUUCAUACUCUAGAGACUAAGAGACUAGAGGAAGGCAUCUAGGGCACGUUGGGAGGAUAUGCCUGCAAAAUCGAAAAAGCACUCAAAAGCAGCAUUGAAGCUCUCAUAUGCUGAUCAGUCUGCAUCUCCUCAGAGCUCAUCUUCUUCGACACCACUUCCAGGACCAGAAGUUAGCGAAGAAGAUAUAUUGGGCUCUAUUGAUGAAGCAACAAAUAAAUACCCGUGUUUUAUAGGAAAAUCUUCCUUUAUGGGUCGGGUUACUGAUGUCGAGGCUGAUGCUAAAGGCUGUAAGAUAUGGAUUUCAGAGGCUUCUAUGGUUUCUUCCUCUCUUUCUCCUGGUUCUACCGUCUCGGUCUCUCUUCCAUCUCCUAAGAAGAAAUCUUCUAAUACGUCUCCUCUCUGCUCAAUAGCUGAUGAAUAUGAAAAGCAAUUUGGGAUUGCUUGCAGCAAUAAAAUGGCUACUUUUGUGGGGAACUACUUUGCUUUAGCAACAGUUUAUCCUUCUUGUAAGGUUUUGAAGAAUGGAGUUCGGUUAUCUUCAAACCUUUCAUCUUCACUGGGUUGCCCCACUUCAGGGAGGAUCAUAUUUGUUUCUCUUAUUCAAAGUCAAUCUGCAGUUGGUGUUAAUGGGAACAGCAAGUUGCAUAGCCCCUCAAGUCUUUCAUCUUCUGAUUGCAAGGAAUUAUAUUUAGAGCUGGUUUACUCAAAAAAUGAUUUCACAAAGAACAGUGAUAUAUUUUGUGGAACAAAUUUUACUGGAAAGAGAGCCAAUGGUCAAUUUGAAAAUGGAAAGAUUUCAUCCCCCGUGACACCAUCUUACUCUAAGUCAAAGCUUAGCUCUCUUGCUACUGGUCAGUUUAGUUCAACAAGAUAUGAAGAGUCAAUAUCAAGUUCACCCAAACCAAAUGUAUCAUCUUUUAAUUCACCUGAUGUGGCAGAAGUAUUAGGAGAUGAAAGUGCAAAACUACUUCUUGAAUCUUGUGCCACUUCAUGGUUAUGUUCUCGUACUCUACUCCUUGGAAAUUUUGUGACAGUACCGAUACUUUCAAAGUUUUGCACUUUUCAGGUUGUAGAUGCUAGUGGAAUUUCGGUUGAUUGUUCUCAGGAUGCCACAGAGAAAUUUAAUUCUGAAUUUUUCUCUCAUCCUUCUGAUCUGAUGAAGAAUGUUAAUGAUGCUUUUCUGAUAAACCAUAAAACAAAAGUACUUUUAUCUUCACCUUUGAAUUCUGCAUUAGAAAUUCCACAGGAAAAAGGUUUACCUUGCCUAGAACUUGAAUACGUGGAUACUGAAGCUGAUCAAGUGAAUGAAAAGUUGGGUGGUUUGUCAAAAGAAUAUGCAUUAUUGAAGGAUAUAAUAAUUUGCUUAUCAUUGAAAGACACUUUGUCAAGUUUGGGUUUGCGGCCUACAAAAGGAGUGCUUCUUCAUGGGCCACCUGGCACAGGAAAGACUGCUUUGAUUCAAAAUAUUGCACGUGAUACUGGUGUCAACCUUUUUACUGUGAAUGGAUCCGAAAUUAUAAGUCAAUAUUAUGGAGAAAGCGAGCAGGCUUUGGUUGAGGUCUUCAAUUCAGCUAGACGAGCAACACUAGGAGUGGUAUUCAUCGAUGAGUUGGAUGCUAUUGCCCCUGCACGUAGGGAUGGAGGUGAAGAGCUGUCUCAGAGAAUGGUUGCAACUUUACUGAAUUUGAUGGAUGGAAUUUGCAGGACUGAUAACCUACUUGUCAUUGCUGCAACAAACAGGCCUGAUAGCAUUGAGCCUGCACUCCGACGGCCUGGUAGACUUGACAGGGAGAUUGAAAUAGGUGUUCCAUCUCCAAAACAACGUUAUGAUAUACUGCUUGCUCAUCUCUCUAGGAUGGAACAUUCUCUUUCAGACAUGCAAGUUCAACACCUUGCCACAGCUACACAUGGUUUUGUUGGUGCCGACAUAGCAGCUCUCUGCAAUGAAGCAGCCAUGAUCUGUCUUAGGCGCUGUGUUUAUUUUUUGAAAUCUGGUGAUGCUUCAGAUAACAGAAACUCUGUUGUGUUUGAGAGCUGUUGUACUGCUAGAGAAUAUGGCUCUUGUUGCGCAAAUGAUACACUGGAUUCUGCUUCUUCGUCCAUAACAUACCAGUCUAUUUCGUCAAAGAUAGAAAAUGCUGUUGAUGUUAGGGAAAUUGAGGCUUCUACAGUAGAAGCGUUAAGUUUGGAAGUAACAUUUGAAGAUUUUGAAAAGGCUAAAAUGAAAGUUAGACCAAGUGCUAUGCGUGAGGUAAUGCUGGAGUUUCCAAUGGUUAACUGGAAGGAUGUUGGUGGCCAGGAGGAGGUAAAAGCACAGUUAAUGGAGGCAGUAGAGUGGCCUCAAAAGCACCAGGAUGCUUUCAAGCGUAUUGGAACCCGUCCACCAACUGGGGUUUUGAUGUUUGGUCCUCCUGGAUGCAGCAAAACGCUUUUGGCACGUGCAGUGGCUUCUGAAGCUGGGCUUAAUUUCCUUGCUGUAAAGGGUCCAGAGCUUUUUAGCAAAUGGGUUGGUGAGUCUGAAAAGGCUGUAAGGUCUCUGUUUGCAAAGGCAAGGGCAAAUGCUCCAUCCAUCAUAUUUUUUGAUGAAAUAGAUGGUCUUGCUGUUAUUCGUGGGAAGGAAGGUGAUGGGGUUUCAGUUGCUGAUAGAGUUAUGGGUCAACUUCUUGUUGAAUUAGAUGGCUUGCAACAAAGGGCUAAUGUGACUGUUAUUGCUGCAACAAAUCGACCAGAUAAGAUUGACCCUGCCCUUCUAAGACCAGGACGCUUUGACAGACUGCUAUAUGUAGGGCCCCCCAGUGAAAUAGACCGGGAAGAUAUAUUCCGCAUCCAUUUGCGCAAAAUGCCAUGCAGUCCUGAUGUCUGCAUUAGAGAACUGGCUCUCCUCACAGAAGGGUGUACUGGGGCUGAUAUAUCAUUGAUUUGCCGUGAAGCAGGUCUUGCAGCCAUGGAGGAAUCUCUUGAUGCUUCUGCAAUAAGAAUGAUACACCUAAGGACGGCAAUUAAGCAAGUACAGCCAUCUGAAGUCCAGUCUUAUCAGGAUUUGUCAAUAAAAUUUGAAAGGCUUGUCUACUCUAGUACUAAAAGAGACAGUGAGGGUGUUCAGCCUUGCUCAGGAAGAUCAAUUUGGAAGUCUUUUUGGAUGCCAGUGAUAUCUACUGUCUUGGUUUUCAGCGGAUUUCUAGCUGCACUUUCACAGAGAAAAUCACCCUCAUAUGGUUAGUCACGUUUCCACUGUAAAUUACCGUCAAGUUUGUCAACCACCAGUCUGCAACACGCGCAAAACUUGAUCCCGGGAACAAGAACCACCCAUUCAGCACUUUGAAAGUGUUUUCAGGCACUGGAAACUGAAGAUGCUGUUUCAAACUUGGCUGUAGUAGCGCGCCCGCACAGUUUUCUGGGAAAUAAUGUUAAAACAAGGUAGUUCUCUUGCCUUCCCCAAUUUAGGAUUAGUUUUCCAGUGGCUGGAAAUUUGAAGUCGAAGAGGGCUUUUUUGACUUCUUUGCUGGAAUGGAAAAUAAUAUUUCAAAAGCACAUUAUGUUUCAUUUUACAGGCACACUUGCUCAAUCAACCGAUGUAAGAGUCGCUGAUUGAGUAACCAGACUCGCUAACUCAUUCAAUAGCUCUUUUAGUUGUUCGCUUGAAUUGCUUAUCCAAUGAACGGUUUUGUCUGAUUGGAUCAGCGGUUUUGUUUCA